CGAUGCCAAGAGCCCUCGCUGACAUCGCCAUGCUGCGGUGGCGGGGUGGGCAUCUCUGUACUGCAGGCAUCGCUCCAGCAAGCCAAUGAAAUCAUUGAGAAAUUGACAUCGUUUUCGUCCUCGAACCAAGACGACGAGACCCAAGAGAUGGAAGACAACAGCAUCAGAAACGACAAGAAAGCCGAGAUCGUAAUUGACUCGAGGGGCAUGGCCGAAUACAACAUCUUCCAGGCCGAGCAAAUCAACGAGCAGUUCUCUGAGAUUUUGAACCUGCAACUGGACGACUACGAGCAUUCUCUUGCCCAGCUGCGAAAGAAGCAAGAGAUCCUCCAGGGAGUCGGGACAGUUGAGGAGAGGGAAAAUGCAUACAAACUCGAGAUGGCCGAGAUACACAACGGCUUCAAAAGGCGCAUGACGGACCUGAUCGAAGAGCAGACCCUGCUUCAAAAGCACAUCAAGUCCCUUAAACACGCUCUUCCAACCUAUUUCGACGAAAACCGAAACAAAACCGUCAAGCGACAGGGCGAUGAGGCGCUCCGAAAGUAUUCUGCCGUGAUGCAGUAUUCAGAAGAUGGCCAGUCUUUCAGCAACUACAAGAACGUGGCAUAUUGCUCAAAGUGCGGGGAUAAGGCAAGCACAGUCGUCAUUUGUCCACACAAGACCCUCUUCACCAACAUCAUCAAACUGCCAAACCGAACCACGCACAUCCGGUUCAAGACACCACUGCUUCGCCUCAGAACAAAGAUCGACAAGGCCGAGUUUGACCAAGAAGAAGAGGAGACCGACAGAAACCUGGUCGAGACCGAGGAUGAGAAUUUCUCGAUUACACCAACACUGAGAAAGGUUUGGAAGGACUAUUACGAUGCCUGGGAGGGAGCACAAUGCAAAGCUCCUCGCAUCUUCCCGCUGCAGAAGAUCAUGAGUGUCAUCCAGGAGCUCUACGAUGAGCGAUGGCGUUACGAGGAGUAUAUCGAGCGACAAGUCAAAAUUGACGACAUCAAGCUUGCUUCGUUUGCGCAAUUCUUUUACGAGUACAUGCUGAACAAGUACCAGGUUUCGGCGAUCGCAACCAAAGUGCUGCACGACUUUUUCACGUCGGUGCAGGCCCAUGAAUCAAACAAUCAUGUCAUGCUCUUCCUACAUCAGCUCAGUGGCGAAGACGAUGUCACCUGGAAGUAUUUCUUGCUGGCCAGAAAGUUCUUGGCUCGAUACGACAACAUUGAUCUGCCCAAGUAUCGACAGGUUAUCCAAACUUUCUACCCCAGCCGGACGAGAGAGAUUUACGAUCAUAUGGAGCUGGAGCUCAUCAGCUUCUGCAAAAACCGGGUCAGCAAAGAGGCCGUCGAGGAGCACCUACUGCACAUGAUUAUGCAUGGGCUGGAGCCCAACUACAAAUAUUUCCUGAGAACGCUUAAGAAGUACGACUAUCAGGAGCUGGGCUGUCUGCCCUGGGAGGACUUUGACGAGGGACUCGGACAGCUUCUGCCGGCCGUCCCCGCCAAGAUCAAGCAGAUGCGUUACCGGCUCGCCGAGAUCGACACCCGCGAAGAUACUGUCCCGCUGGAGAGACUGGCGUCGAGCGCAUCCUACUGCUCGCUCUACAACUGCUACACCAACAACUGGGUGCCACAGGCCCUAAUUGCCCCGGACUUUGAGGGCGAGGGAGGCGACAAGAAGGUGCGCCGCGGGCUGGCGGGCAUCGAUGUGUCCGAGAUUGACAGCGACCAGAAGGAAAUCGACCGAAUCCUCAAGAUGACGACGGCAACGGCAGACGAAAGCCAGAUCGAGGAGGAAACCAAGAAGCUGGCCAAGAAGGUCGAGCUCCUCGCCAUGAUGGACGGACAGGUCACAGAGUCAACGGCCGACAUCAAGCUUGCCUAGAGACUGGGCGAUGGAGAGCCCAGCCAGGGAGAAGGGCAGCAGGGCGGGGUCGUGCUUGUGCCUCUUGUGGU